AUGAGUGAGAUUUGUACUUUCGCUGAUAAGCAGCGAGGAAUUUAUACGACAAGCGACGGUAUGCUAUAUUUCACUAAAAGCAAUACAUUUGAAGUAGUCAAUGGCCCUUUAAUCUUUCAAGCGCCUCUAAGAAUUUUAACAUCUACGGCAUAUGAUCCAUAUUUCGUGGUAAUUACAUCAGAUGGCAAUCUUUAUUUACUUUCUCAUGAAGAUAAACGCGUUGUUUUGCAAUCAGUAAUUCCGGCAAAUGCAGGUUUUAUAGAAUCUAUUAUUAUCGAUAAAGAAAAAUUGGUUAUCAAACUUGUUAGCACACAUGGAACAUUCGUUUACAGAGAACAUCAUUGGAACUUAAUUACAGAGCCAUUAGAAGCUUUAAUUAUUAAUCCAGAUACUAAAGCAAAUGCACAAUGUGCUAAAUUAGAAAAUGAAAUAGCACACGCAGUAGAAGAAAAAUCGUUUGAAGCAUAUAAGAAAUCUGCCAGUACUUACCUUGUAUAUAUUGCUACCUAUUUACCUCAACAAGCAUUCAUUGCAACAUGGUAUGAUAUGAUACAUUCGAAGUUACCAUUCAAUGAAGCAGAUGUAAAUCAAUUUUGGAAUGAAGUAAUUGGACUUUUAUCUUCAAUUGAACGCGUUGCAUCAUUAUUGGAUGAAUUAGAGAUGAGCCUUACAAUGGCUAAGGAUAAGAAAUGA